CCUCCUAAUGUAGAGUAACUUACCUGCAGCAAAGCCUCACUGGGCUGCCUGUUAACGCAGACUCUCUAGCACCGCCUGGCCAUGCUAACCAGACACACGGCGCUGCUGGGCGGCGGCGCGAUGGCAGGCGCACCACCCCUCCCCCGGCGCCAUGAUGAGUGUACUCGGGCUGCCCGCGGCGACCGCCCUCGGCCCAUCGGUUCCCGCCCGUCAGCGUGUGCGGGCCUGACGAGGGCGCCGGCGCUGCCCGCCAUGCUGGGUGUGGCACGCCGCGCCGCUUCCGCUGCGUGGUGCGGGGUGCUGCUUCCGGGGCCGGGCGGACGCCCGCAGCGGGGCCGAGCGGGACAUGGGCUUUUAAAGAGGCGACGCGGCGGGGCGGCGGCGGUAGGUGUGUGAUGGCGGUCUCGUUUUGUCCGGUCACUGCGUUCUGGUAGUCGUUUGGCGGAUCCGGGAGAAGAUUCUUUCUAGCGUGAUCACUUAGUAAUAGUAACUCCUCAUCAUGGCUGAGCUAUCGCCUGAAGAAAUUCAGCUGAGGGCCAACCAGGUCACUGAUGAGUCUUUGGAAAGCACGAGGAGGAUCCUUGGCAUGGCUGUUGAGACCCAGGAUGUUGGCAUCAAAACUAUCACCAUGCUGGAUGAACAGGGAGAACAACUAGAUCGCAUAGAAGAAGGCUUGGACCAGAUAAAUAAGGAUAUGAGAGAAGCUGAGAAGACAUUGACAGAGCUCAACAAAUGUUGUGGUCUCUGUGUUUGUCCUUGUAACAGGACGAAGAACUUUGAAGCUAGCAAGGCAUACAGAGCAACCUGGGGAGAUGGAACAGAGAACUCAACAGAUCAUGUAAUAUCCAUGCAGCCGAGAAGGAUCAAUCAGCAGCAGCCUCAGACAUCUAGAGGACCAAGUGGCGGAUAUAUUACAAGGAUAACAAAUGAUGCCAGAGAAGAUGAAAUGGAUGAAAAUCUUGCUCAAGUGGGAAACAUUCUUGGGAAUUUGAAAACCAUGGCUUUGGAUAUGGGCAAUGAGAUUGAUGCCCAGAAUAAACAAAUAGACCGGAUAAAUGUGAAGGCUGAUACAAACAGGGAACGCAUUGAGCAAGCCAACAUCAGAGCCAAGAAACUAAUUGACAACUGAAGCCUGCUGUCAUUGUUCGGUGACGCUGUCUCUCCAGCUGCAAGCCACCACAUUCAUGGAUCUGUGAAACUGCUAUUCUGAAAUAAGAGGGGCUGGGAAUAAUGAAACAGUACGUUUUGUAUAGGGAUUAAUUUUCCUUUUUUUUUUUCAAUUGCUUCAUGUAAACAUGGCCUUGACUUCAAGAAAGCAGCCAAUAUAGCUUCUUCCUCCCCAUCUGUCUUCACUUCCUUUGAAACUGCUCAGGGCUAAAAGUGUUACAGCUUUGAGAAUCUUCUUGCAUGUUUGUUAUUCCCUCCCAGUCUUUUUGUUUGUUUGUUUUCUGCACCCAAAAUACAGUCCAUUUUAUUGAAGUUGAAGAAGCAGGGUAACCUGAAUUCACAGUUAUGGAAGGUUGGAGAAGGCACUUUGCACUGUUUGAAAUACCUCAUAAAUUGAGUGUCUUCACUAAAACAGGGACUUGUUGAGUCUUGUCUGAUUUGUAUCCCUAGCAGGCUAACCAUAGUUUUCCAGUCCAAACCACAUGAUUGAUUUCAGGGUAAGUUUGUGAAUUACAGAAUUGAAGAGGCCCAGUACUUAGUACUUGUGGGUUGAGGGCUUUAAAACACUUGCUAACCACAUGAACCUUAACAUAAAGGUAACUGGAGGGUUAUACAGGUUUCUUUACUGUGAAUUGAUGUUGGUUUGGAGGCCCCAACUAGGAAAUUAUGCUGUGUUGUUCUGGUGUUUGCUAUAUGUACGUGUAGCUGAUUUAAACCCCAUGCACAUGUGAGUAGAAGAAAAUAAAACUCCCUGAAGUAUUUA